AUGGCCUGGUUCACAAUCUUACUGUUCGUCCAAACUGCCGUCAGUUUUGCCGUCACGCGGCUACCUAUCCAAACCGAAGAGUUGUUGGUGCCGACCACAACAACCGCGACAGUAACUUCAGUCAUACCUACGACGUUUUGGACGGCGACGUCAGAACCAACUUCGAUCACAUCGCAAGCCCCGUUCUCGGCUCUCAUCACCAUCGCCCCCUUGCCACAGAAUCCCCUCGAAAAGCGGCAAUGCUGCUGGAAUGACCAGGGGUUCAGAGUCGAUUGCGCUCAGUGGACCGGCUAUUACUACACCUGGGGUCCGCCAGGUGACCCGUACCAAGGAGGUCCUCCCGGUUGUGGACAGUCUGGUGGAGGAGGUGGUGGCAGUAGCGGUGGCAGCCAGCCUGGAACCGUCGUGGUGCGAGAAUUCUCAACGCGCACCAAUUCACUUACCAUCGAAUAUGACUCGUUGGAAGUCGUCCCUGCCGAAUCGCUGCAUAUAUCACCUCUGACGACCUACACCGAGUGGGACCCCUUUACGGAUUCAAACCCUUCUUCCAUAAGGCUCGAAGGCAGCUCGGCGUUAACAGGGGAUGGCUCUCCAGCAGGUCAAUAUCAGGAUUUGCAGCCAGGAAACUACAACGUCGAUUGUACUUCGGCCCUUGACGUACCUUUCUCUACGUAUACGAGGAUCCCGAUGUCAGUGUCGCCUACCCAGCCCGACGGCGGACACGAGCCCGAGCCCGAACUCGCCUCCGCCACGAUCGUGACGUGCUGCAAUACCUCAAUCUCACCUGCUCAGGGGAGUUCGCUGCCGUCUUGGUCGCCGUCGCUGUUCAGUUUUGACGCUUCCCCUUCCUUGACGCCUACUUCCACAACGACAAUUCGAGUGCGGACGACAAUGUAUGUGACGAGCAACGUUACAGUCUCGGGACCGCCUCCCAUGCAGACAGUCCCAGAAGGAGUAAACACCCUUACCACCAGAACAGGAACCAGCAUGACCAGGGACACAUACGGCCCCAUCGGAUCGUUCACCGUGUCUCCAAUCCCGCACGCUGGGGGUCGUGUGUCUACGGCGGCCCUCUUACCGAGCGCAAUGCUUUCGAGACUCUCGAGCACCGAUACUGAAUCGACCAGAACACGAACUAUCACCCUCGUCAAGACAGUAAUCACGACGGCGUCGCCCGUGGCCGUUGGUCCGAGCAGCUCUUUAACAUCACUGGGACAUGUGGUCCCGACAAAAUCGUCAUCCAUCGGAGGGUUCGAGAUCGACUCGCUACAAGUAUCCAGCACCGUGCCUGAGGACGUAAGUCCAGAUACGACUAGAAUUGGAACUGAAUCUACGAUGCCAGAUUCAGUUCCAAGUCCGUCGAAGCCUCUUACCGCCAGUACUUCCACCACACUGCCAGAAUGCGGCAUCGUCUUUGGCACCUCCGCGCCUAGCACAUACACGCUCGGCACCCCAGCCGUGACGGAACAUGCCUCUGAGGGUGGUGAGGGUGGUGGUGGUGGUGGUGGUGGUGGUGCUCGUCAAGAACGUCGUGCAGAAGCAGAAGCGGAAGCAGAGCCAGACUCAGAGGCAGGGCGGCGACCGAUCAUGCACACCGUCGUGGUGGUGACGUUGUUGAGCGACGGACGUAUGGCGCCUCAGGCGAGUACGUUGAGGACAAGGUACCGUCCUCGAUAA